UAUCAUUCCAUCUCACUGGUGAAAUUAUUCAGUGAAUAAAUCGAAAUCAUUCAGGACUUUUUGUUUUAUUUUAUUUGUUUACCACUGUACUUACAAGAAGAUAGUGUUGUACCGUUUCAUUUCAUCACCAAAAUCUAAUUAUUGUACCUAAAAAUGCCAGAUGAAAUGUUGAUUCCCUGAACAGGUGAUGUAUAUAUAUAUAUAUCACCUGUUCUUCAUAUCAGUACAUAUAGUUAACCUUUUACUACUUCAGGUGAAAAUAACAUGCCCGAAACAAGUGCUACUUGCAUAUACGUAAAAGCUUUGUUUCAGUCAAACAAGAAAUUUGUUAAAUGCAACCAUUAUUUAGUGAACUUUUACAAUAAUUUGUAUGCGAAUAUCAUUAACUUAGAUCUUUUGAUGAUAGUAUAUAAAAGAUAAACUUUUAGGACGCAUUUUGUUGAUCAUUUUGGAGUCUUUUGUUAAAUGGUAUCAUACUAUCUCUUCAAGUGUGUUACAAAUUACCCUGUACAUAUGCUUAAAAAUUUACAGGUUGUAUAUAGCUGAUGAUAAACUAAGUGAAAUGAUGUCAUCUUAUUCUGCUUCAACCAUGAUAUUUGCCUUAUUUUAAUUAUUUCAGUGACAUUUAAAAAAUAUUAAAAAUCUGAUACUGACGCUGUAUGUUCGAUGCUACCACUUUGAUGCAUUUUGUAUUCUAUGGCUUAGUUUAAACACAGUAGGCUGUUAAAAUUCAGACUGAUCAAAAGCGGCGUCACAACAGCUGUCAAAAUAGAUAACACUAAGCACAUUGAGAAUGUUUUAAACACUUGUGGUUACACUCAGCAUAUGUGACAUAUUUGAUCAAACUUUUGACAGAUGAGCACUUGAUUCAGAGAAAUGAUCGGUAAAAUUUAUACGAAAAGGACUAGUUGUGAAUGAAAUUAGUAAAAAUAUUCUGCCUCGUUUUUGUAAAACGUUGAUACAACCCGAACAUCAGUGAGAUUUCCGAAAAUUUUAGCAUACAUUCAGCAUGGUAAAACAGUUAACUCAAACAGUAAAUGGAACUCAACAACCUAGUGCAGACCUAUGCACUUUGAACUGACCUAACGGCACUACAUUACUUUCUGAGAUUUAACCUCAGAGUAUGAUUACCAUCGCAUGAUCUACUGAUGCAUUCAGUAUUAAGUCCAAGCUGUCGAAAUAGGUGAUGAAGUCAUUUAAUCAUUAUACUCGAGCUUUAGAAAGGUUAAUAAAUUUUUAUCACUUCUUAAACAUACAGUGUGAAUAAAUUUAACAAUGAGUUUGAUAAAUAACUAAGCAGAUAUAUACAUAUAUAUAUAUAUAGUAGGAAAUGGGCAAGAAACUCUUGUAGUCUGACUUCAAUACCUGAAUUAAUAGCAGAGACAGACUGAAAAUAGUCAUUCAUUUUUAUAGUGUAUCAACUAGCAACUGGUAAUCAACAUAUUUAUAGAGCAUUUCUUUAUUAUUGGUGACCUGACAACGAGGAGUCCUGAAACAGGAUGAAAUGUCAACCUGGUAUUCCUUGGUUAUAAACGCCCCAGGUGAAAAUCAGUCGAAUUCCCACCAAAUUAACAACUGGGGCAGUCUCUGUCUAGACGCACAACUACUUUGUUUCAACUCUUUCUUCCCACUUUAAAAGCAGUCACGAGAAAGUGUAAAUAUCCUAAAAAUAAUAGUUCCGCUUUUCAAUUUGGUUUUACUAAGUACCUUAAAUAAGACUAUUUGUACAGCUUAAUUAGUUUUUACGGAUUUGGGUACAGAUAUCUAUAAUGCUACAGAAAAUCAAAUAUGGCAUUUGGCCCCAAGUUCGGGUAUUCUGAAGUUCACCUGCGAUAAAAAAGGCUGUUCUUUAAAACCGUAUGUCAUCUAGUUUAGUCAUUUCAGUUUUUAACUGCUACUAAUGAAAGCCAUGAUAACACACAACCAAUUCUUUAGUGUUUCUUUUAAGGUUGCUUAAGCAGAGAUCAUUUUGACCUCGAGUAAUGUUAUGACUGAAUUUAAGUUUAUUUAUUUGACAAUGGAUAACAGAUUUCACUGAGAACUUUCUGAUUACACCAAAGGAGACCAUAAGUAACUUGUGUGGUGAUGAAAAGUUGUUCAACAUCAGGUAUUAAAGACCAGUCACUUCGUUCCCGCAGUAAAUCCACAGCUGUUGCUUGUUUUAAAGACCAGUCAGUUAUUACUGUCGUAAGAUAUACCGACCAUACAAUGACAUACAUUAUAGAUAGGUUUCGUGUAAGAUGACGCCAUAGUUUUUAUUACAGUUUAUUGUUAAAUAAUUUAGCAUCACGUCUGAAGAACAAUUUGUAUUUGCAAGGCAGCUGACUCCCUUUCAAUACUAAGAAUGAAUUCCAUCAAGAAAGUAGUUUCAGAUGAAAAUCUAACGUCUUUUGUGAUAGACUCUAGGUCCGACUAUCAGCAGGGAUAUACUAUCACUUGCUGAGAUUUAAUGUAUUCAGCUGAUUGGUCUUUAUGAGGACCAAUGUUAGUUAUUUAGUUAGUUUCCAUCAUCCACCUAAUCAAUUUUUCUUAUCCAAAAUCUGGGACAUAAAACAUUACGAACGAGACAGUUUGCAGUUGUCAAUACAGCUGUGACGUCAUUUAGGGAUACAUUUGUUUAUUGCCUGUCAGAACCCACCUACACUAACUUAAAAGGGGGUAGAGUUACUUCAUCUACAAAUGGAAGAAAAUAGAUACGACACGUGAGAAGACACAUCUUGUAUGGGCAAAAUUGUUGACCUUUUACUGAAGCUAGAAUUUACAUUAAUUUUUAACCAAUAAGAAUUCGAUUUAUUUAGGGAGAAUUUUCGCACUAAUCAAUCAGAUGCCAUACAUUCAACUUAAGGAAGGACAUUGAAAGGAUACAGAUAAUCUAAAAAAUUUCCCAUCUAGUAACAACUGUCAGCUGGAAAUGUAGGUGUAUUAAUUUCAUUCUUUAUAGUCCCAGAGUAUCAGUAACAUUUAUUUCACUUAUUUAUUGUAAGUAUUUAUUAAUGAUUCCUACAACUGUAAGUUUAAAUAUGUCGCAAUCGAUCGAUAAUCUCACAUCAGCUGUCCAUAGUUCGAUGCUUAACAGCCUUAAAUUGGAUUUGCUAAUUUUUGUCAUUGAUAUUUGUUAACAUUUAAGAGAAAAAUUUAGCAAGUAAUUUAUUAUUCACAAUACUCUCUUGUAAGAUGAAUUCAUUGCAAAUCGACUGUCCUCAUUUUCAUCUAAAAAUUAAUUUUUAUUAUUCUCCUAGAUUGCUUGGAAUACAGAUAGUUUGAACUAAUUCCUAACGUGGCAGAAAAAAAUAUAUUUUAAGCUAAUGUUUGUGGAAAUUGCAGUUACUGUCAAUUAUAUAUUAUCACACUUGUACACAAAACUUCCAAGACGUCGAGUUGACAGCUUUGGUGAAGAACUAGAAAAGUACCUUCAAGCCAAAUUCCAGCACCACUGGUUCCCCAAUGACCCACUAAGAGAUUCUGCUUAUCGAUGCAUAAACUGUGUUGGUCCUCAAGUGGAUCUUCUUCUUCCUGAAGCAGCAGCUGUAAGUGGAUUGGAGUGGAGUGAAAUAGAAGCCUGUCUCCCAGAUGGUCUCAUAAUAAGCGUAGAUCCUGGGCAUGUAGCAUGCCAGUACAACCAAACUAACUGCUCAAUUCAUGAUAGAUUUUCUUCGAAUCAUUGGCCAUCAUCAUCUGUUUCUUUAUCAUCUUCUGGAUGUUCUUCUGCUUCUUCAUCGAUUUCAUCAUCUAACUUGACAUCAGUCUCAUCUCAAACCACACAUCAAGUUCUUUACUGCUUGCAAGAUGCGUGGCCAACAAGUAUCACAAGUAUGCAAAGUGAAAAUAGACAAGAUCCUUUUUCAACAAAACAUGGACGUUCAGAAAAUGAUCAUGGGGAUUUAUUGGCUACUGCUGCUGCUUUGAGUGUGUUGGUUGAACCUGAUGAAGUAAAUGAUACUAAAAUAGAAUCCAGUGCAGCAUAUGGAGUUAAAUUACCAGUAGCAAAUCACACAAAUUGGAGCCAUGAGAAUGUGUCUAUGACGAAUCAUGAGGAGUUAUCCAAAAUUCAACUAAACGAAGUUGAUUUUAAGCCACUAAAUGCUUUACACACUGAAAGGUGUAACGAAAAAGAGGCCGUAAGUAGUUUUCCGUGGAAUUUUUCUGAAGGUAGGAAGGGACCUAGUUUGUUAUCAGUGUUAGAUAGUGAUUCAAUUGGAGGAACACCCUCAACAACUCAGUCAGUGGUUUUUAACGUAAAAACACAUACAUUCCCUCUGUUUCACCGUUCAUCGUCUAAUCCACCUCAGUCAGCACAGCUGACAAACCCUCAUUUUAAUGAGUUUAUCGCUUUAUCUGCAAACUGUGUAAAUUCAAACCUUUUAAGCUCGAAAUUUGACCAGCCAAUGAACUCAGUGUUUACACAUACAUCACCAAAAUCAUUUCCAACCUACCUACAACCUGUCAACACAACAGUAUCAACUCAUCCAUUUGUCCAAAAGUCCACUUCCACACCAAGUUUUACAGCUGCUACUUUUGCUCAAACUAAAUUUGGAUCAACCAAAUUAAAAAAUCAUACUAAACGUACACCAACUCGUAUUCUGUCUCCAACUACAGUACAACAAAGUCUUGCACCUGUUAACAAUACCAGUUUCUUGUCAAACGAAACGGCUGCUGCAAACGGCUUUUUAGUCAAUAAUUCUCGUAUUGAAGCAUCGAAUACGACGAAUUUAAGUGCGUUUCAAUGUUUUCUACCUAUGAAUAUUGAAAUAAAUACAAGUAAACCAGCUAACUGUUUAACCAUAAGUGGAUCUACUCUACCCACUCACAAUGAAUGCCGUAAUAUAAAUUUACAUCAUGACAAUGGAAACUCUAUACCAUCAUUUCAUCAACGAAAUAUGUGCAAUAAUUUUGCAUUAUCAAAUCUAGAAAAUUAUCUGUCAUAUUCAUCUGAAGAGACUAGUCCAAACAGUGUUUUGGAUAGAAUUCAUCUAAAUGAGGUUCACAAUAUACAAAAUGUAUCGAACUACUGGCAGUCAUCAUCAUAUGAAAAACAGAUACAACCUAGUAACAUAAUACAAACAGCAGUAGCAACAACAACAACAACUGAUGGAACAGUUUUAAAGUCAGGUAUUAUUAAUUUUAACAAUCUGGGAUUAUGCACUAACUGGAAUACCAAUAGUAAUACAUCAUCUAUGAACUCAGACAUUUUCAAUGUGUCAAGUAAUCAAAUGAUGAACAGCGAUUUUAAAAGUAAUAUAGCACGACUGCUACCAACAUCGGUUUCUACUGCUAGUGUCAUCGAGCAACAGCCAGUACAACAAAAAAUUAACGUAAAUUUAGACGAAAUCAUUUGCAAAGAUAGUAUGUGUACACCGUCAUCAACAAACAAUAAAGGGAAUGACUGUCUGCUAGACGAUGUCAUGCUCUCAACACGAAUGGUGAAUCUCUUAUUGGAAGAAGACAACCUUAAUGAAUCACAGGGUAAUAAUAUAUUGACAAGUCAUUUGCAAGAAGAAGACUAUACAGAAGGGUUUACAAGUGGGAAGAACGAUUUAUUUUCAAAUACAGUAGAAACAGAUGCUGCUCGUAAUAAUAUUAAGAUAUGUAGUGCUGAUACUAGCCAUCACGAGGCAAUAAAAGACUUAUCAACAGGCGAAAAGUACAAAGAAUCUAAUCUAGUUAGUUCCGUGACGUCAAUAGCCAAUGACGUCACAGAAAGCGUGCUUAACACUGAAGCUGUCUAG